AUGAAGGGAGAGAAAGCUUCAGCAACAACCCGACACCCUCCGCCAAGUCCCCUGCCACCCCUCCUGUCAAACUACCUCUCCUCAUCGUCAGAUGCUGCUUCCAUCCCCGACUCCUCCGCUCUCAUCGACCUCAAAAAUGACCUCUCCGCCCUGUCCGAACGCGCACAAGCCCGUGCAGACGCGUUCGAGCGUGAUGCAAAGGAGUUACAGAAACGCGUUGAGGUGUUGAAGGAGAAGGAGAAAGAGAAGAGGGAGCAGAAGGAGGCGAGGAGGGAGGAAAGGGAGAGGGAGAAGGAGAAGGAGAGGGAGAGGUUGUCGAAGAAGACUGUGCCGGGCAAGAGUGUUCCGAGUGCAUCUCCUGCUCCAUCACCAGUUAAGGGUGCGAAGACGGUGCCGGGGAAGACGCCUGCGCCGCAGGUCAAGGCUGAACAGCGAGAACCAACUCCGGCGGCCGUUCCUCCUUCACCUGGUGCACAGCAGAAGAAACGCAAGCUCGAAACCCCCAAAGACCGCAAGGAAAAGGAAAAGAAAGUCAAAACCGUCUCGCCCUCCCUCGCCCCCGCACCCAGCGAACCCACUCUCCCCCGUCCACCACCACCAGUCUUCAAUUUACCCCCACCAGCCGCCCCACCCGUUCCCGUCCGCGACCUCGAUGCCCUCUGGGAAGCCGAACUAGUCUCCACCUACAACCCCACCGAACGCAGCAAACUCCUCGGCGUAGCCUCCUACCCAAUCCUCGACCAAUCCCAAUUCCUCCCCGGCGCAGCCCCCAACGAAGACUUCUCCACCCGUCCCCAAAAACCACCGAACCAAGUCAACAUCGGAACCUACUACACCUACCUCGAACCCUACUUUCGGCCUUUUACGGAGGAGGAUUUGGGGUUUUUGAGGGAGAGGGGGGAUCGGUUGGGGUGUUUUUUGGUGCCGCCGUUGGGGGUGCAUUAUAUGGAGAUGUGGGCGGAUGAGGGGGAUGCGUCGGGGGUGAUGGGUGCGGGUGGGGAGGGUGGUCAGUAUUAUGUUCCUAAGGGGAACGCGGAUGAUUUGACGGAUCAGUAUCUCAUGACGGAGGAGAUCUCGUGUGGACCCCUGACGGAGCGGGUGUUGGCUGCACUUAUCAAGGAGCAGGUUGCGGGGACAGAGGGAUUGACGCUCGCGGACGGCGUCGAGGAGAACGGCGUCCAGGGCGCGAAAGAGGGCGGCGACAAAGCCUGGAAAAUCAGUCAAGUCAGGAUGGAUUACGUGGCUUUCGAGGAACGUCUCAAAAAAGAGCUACUCUACAUCGGACUCCUAACCGAAGAAGAAGUCGACUGGUCCGCCCGCGAGGAUGACGAGAUCUGCGCACAGCUCCGAACACUCCAACGUCAACUCCGGACCGUCUCGACGGAAAAUAUCGCCCGAAAACGCCGGCUGGCACAGCUGACAACUGAACAAUUCGCCUACCAGGAAUACACCACAAUCCUCGACGACCUCGAUAAACAAGUCGAUACAGCUUACCUCAAACGUACCCGUACCCACUCCAAAUCCAAAAAGAAGUCCUCCUCCAAACACCCACUUGACAAAGAUCAAGGAGUGGGAGAGGGUGUUAGGGUACUGAUGGAGAGAAGGAGGAAGUGGAUCGAGAAGUUGGGACCGGUGUUUUUGCCUGUGGAGAGGUUUGUGAGGGGAUGUCCGAGGGAGAGUGUUUUCGCGGGUCUCGAGAAUGAUAUUAGGGAGUUGGAGGAGAGAGGGGAGGAGGAGGAGCAGUAGCUGUAGCUGUAGGUUUGAGAGGGGAGGAAUAGGGGGUUGUAGGGGGGCUGAUAUCGCAGAACAGCGGUGAGUCCGAGUUGGAGGGGUUGGGUUGUGGGCUGGGUUAGCUUUGUGUUGGGAGGAAAUGGUUGCAAGGCGUCCUGUCUUUAUAUUGGUGGUAAUUGAUUUAUACACAUUCUGCAUG